GAAAGAGAGAGAGAGGAGAGAGAGAGGAGAGGAGAGUUUGAGCGCGCGCUUCAGAGGCUGAGCAGCUUUAAACCGACAAGGCUGCCCCACGCGCACGACUUUGCCUUUGUUUUGCUUCCCCACACGACGAUAAUCGAGGCAGGACGGAGUAAACUGAGGGUUGUUCUGGGGCCGGGCAGCUGAGAUGGUCGGCCUGUGACGGACUCUGGAGCCACUGGAGCAACAUGGCCGCCGCCAAGAAGAGCUGUGCCAAGGUGGGGGGGGUUCGCUUCUCAGAGGAACCGCCCGCCGCCGGAGCGCCGUCUCACGUUCACUUCGAGGAAAAGCUGCACGACUCCGUCGUCAUGGUGACGCUGGAGGACGACGGGAACUUCAUGGUUAAGGUCGGGUUCCUGAAGACGCAGCACCGCUACGAGAUCGUGUUCACGCUGCCGGAGGUUCCCGGUCUGGGCCGGGACGUGUGCCCCGCCCCCGUCCCCAGCCCACACCUGAGGAUCACCGACAUCACGCCCGCGCCAGAGGGAGGCCUGAGGGUGAAGUGCGAGUACAUGGCCCUGCAGGAGGGGGUCCUCUGCGAGGAGGCGCUGCUGCUCAGCGAGACCAACGACGCCGUCUCCGUCAGGGUCAAAGUUCAGGCCCGGGUCAUGGACCGGCACCACGGCACCCCCAUGCUGCUGGAGGGGGUGCGCUGCAUCGGGAUGGAGUUGGAGUACGACUCCGAGCAAAGCGACUGGCAGGGCUUCGACUAG